AUGUCAGAUACUAGACAAUCACUGGGUAGGCCUCGAAUAACCUUAUCCACCCACGACGACGAUUCCAGCCAGAUUGACCCGAUAGAUGCCGAUAUUCUCAAUACCCAUCCACAAACACCCAGUCUGCCUUCAAGAAUUCAGCGGCGUAACUCCCGUUUUGGUGGUGACUCUCAAAAUAUCAUAGGUAAUGCUUUCAACUUCUUUCUUGGUAAGCCUGACCCGCAAGAACGCCGUUAUUCUAGCGACUCUGAUGAGCAAGAAGGCGACCAAGAUAUGCCAUACGCGGGCUCAGACGAUGCCGUCAACUCUCCUGACUAUGAUUGCACGCCCGAGACCCCACAGGCUCCAAGGACCAAAACGGACGAGUCUCAGACAACUCUUGCCAACACAGUGUUGAAGUUACCCAAUUUCUUUGGACGAAGCAAUUCCGAACCCAACUCGGGGCCAAAACAGGCUGAAAGUACACACGACGACAAGUCCAACUCCAAGCCACGAAAGAUCUUUACGAUUUUUCGCAAGAAGAACAAGGAUAAGGAGCUGCGCCAGGAGGCUCCAGAAGAUGAUGCCGAUGAAGCUGCAGUAGAGUUAGAUGAGGACAACGAAACGCGUGAAAGAGCUGUUGGACUCAUCAAUUCCUUGGCCUUGGGAAGUCCUGCCAUCAACUUGCUAGCAUCGUGCUUGUGCGAGGAUGAAUAUGGCAUUGUGCGUGCACCACUCCUUCUUAACCUUCUUGGUAUCAAGGUGCUGGAUGUUUCGGCUUCACAAGUCACCAAAAAUCGUAAAUUUCGCAUUGAUCUCGAGUACGGAGUGCUGCCUCAGCGGCUCAAAUGGUCCGUAGAGAAAACUGCUAAGGAUUUGUUGUAUUUGCACUCCAGAUUCAAGUUGCUGGUAUUGAGAGGCACUUUCAAGUCUGAUGAGCUUCCCCACUACCCUGUCCCUCCGCUGUUGAAAAGAGGCGACCGUAAAAAUACCAAAAGAUCCAUCCGCUCUAAAACUUUCUCAGAAACUCGCCCGGGAACCCUGCUUGGGGAACGAUUGGAAGUUGGUGCUUUUUCCAAUAGAGAUGGAGCUUCGAUAGAUGAAAUAUCACUCGGUAGUGGCCAUUCUAGAGACCAUCAUUCUACAUUCAGAUCACGCUUGAGCAGCAUCUCUUCCUUGUCCUCUUUAGAUACAUCAUCACCGGAACAGAUGCGCAACCGCGUGUUGAAGAAUCAGAAAUACCUCAACGAGAUCACAAACUACCUCAUAGCCUUGAUUCAAGCGUGUGCAAUGAGACCUCAAUCCAACCGUCUUUUUCACUUCUUCGAGAUUUCUCCAAUCUCUGCAUUACUUUCUUACGAAACAGGAUAUACGGGUAAGCAGGGUUUUGUUCACAUUGGAGGAAGUGCUAGAUCUCAAGGUUGGCGUGUUGGUCAUUUCAAAGCGAAUGAUUUGAAGGGAAUGAUUGACAGAAGAUCUGAAAAAUGGUGUUUGGUCAGAAGUACCUACGUCAUGUAUGUUUCUGACAUCAACUCGACUACUCCUCUUGAAGUGUUUCUCGUUGAUCUGGAGUUUAAGAUACAUUGUAAGGGUGACCAGAGAGUGGACACUAGAGGUUCGGAGACUGAUUCGGAGAUUGACGAGGAAUAUGUCGACAUCAGGAUACAAGAUGCCGACAAAGCCAUUCUGCACGUUCAAAACAAAGUAUUCAAGCAUUUGAAAAUUACUCUUGAGAAUAAAGAGCGACAACUCGUCAUCAUUCCAAAAUCUGAAAAGGAUUAUAAACUAUGGCUUUCUUCCUUGAACCAAAUGAUCGCUAAUAAUCCAUGGGCAGAGAAGCAUCGCUUCAACUCAUUUGCUCCAAUUAGAAAGAAUUGCAUGGCUCAGUGGUUUGUCGAUGCCCGUGACUACUUUUGGGCGGUUUCCAGUGCUCUUGAAAUGGCAAAAGAUGUGAUUUUUAUUCACGAUUGGUGGCUCUCACCUGAACUAUACUUGCGUCGUCCCGCUAAUGGUAACCAGCAAUUUCGUAUUGACAGAAUCUUGCAGAGAAAAGCUCAGGAAGGUGUUAAAGUUUUCGUCAUCGUUUACAGAAAUGUUGGUAGUACCGUUCCAAUCGAUUCGUUGUAUACGAAACACUCAAUCCUUUCUCUUAAUCAAGAGAAUAUACAUGUGAUCAGAUCUCCAAAUCAAUUAUUGCAGAAUACUUUCUUUUGGGCUCAUCACGAAAAGAUCUGCAUUGUCGAUUAUACACUUGCAUUUAUGGGAGGUAUCGAUUUGUGCUAUGGAAGAUAUGAUACUCCUGAUCAUGUUCUCACAGACGACUCUCAAGUUGACUUCGACGGCCUUGACACUGAUACCCUUACAAAGGACGAAUUCACGAAGUUCAGAACUUUUCCAGGAAAGGACUAUUCGAACACACGUGUGAAGGAUUUCAACAAUUUGGACAAGCCAUACGAUAGCAUGUACGACAGAAACGUCAUUCCGAGAAUGCCAUGGCACGAUGUGCACAUGGUUAUGUCUGGAGAGGGUGCUAGAGAUCUCUCAAGACACUUCGUACAGAGAUGGAACUACUUAUUGAGACAAAAGAGACCCAGUCGUUUGACACCCCUUUUAACUCCACCGCCAGACUUGACUCCAGAGGAACUUGGAGGUUUGGGAUUGGAGGGAACUUGUGAGAUUCAAAUUUUGAGGUCAGCAGGAAGCUGGUCACUCGGAUUGGAAGACCAUGAAGAGAGUAUCCACCAGGCAUACUUGAAAUUGAUCGAGGAAUCCGAGCACUUUGUUUACAUCGAAAAUCAAUUCUUUGUCACCUCUUGCUUCAUUGACGGAACAGAAAUCAAGAACAGAAUCGGUGACGCCCUUGUGGAUCGUAUUAUUCGUGCACACAAGGAGGGGACCGCCUGGAAAGCAGUGAUUUUGAUUCCUCUUGUCCCUGGUUUCGAGUCUCAAGUUGAUAAGCCAGAUGGCUCAUCGGUGAGAGUAGUCAUGCAAUGUGAGUACAUGUCUAUUUCUCGUGGAUCGUCAUCUCUCUUUGCCAAGUUGAGAAAAUAUGGUAUCAACCCAGAUGACUACAUUCAAUUUUUCUCUUUGAGAAAAUGGGGUGCUAUUGGUCCCGACAGAUCUCUUGUCACUGAACAACUUUACAUUCAUGCGAAGACUAUGAUCGUGGAUGAUCGUGUCGCUAUUAUUGGCAGUGCCAACAUCAACGAACGUUCUAUGAGGGGUGUCAGAGAUUCAGAAGUUGCUGCCGUUAUUCGUGAUUCAGAAAUUAUCCACUCAACCAUGAAUGGCGAGCCUUAUGAUGUGGGAAGAUUUCCACAUACUCUCCGUAUGAGGCUCAUGAGAGAGCAUCUUGGUGUUUCUGUGGAUGUUUUGGACAUCGUAGAGAGACUUUUUGAUCGCUAUGAAUCAUUUGCUAAAACAGAAGAGGGAAUAAGUGCUGCAAGUAAUCUUUUUAAGAAGCAGGCUAAUCUCGAGUUGUCUGCAGCGGUUGAAAUGGCGUCUCGAGACAUCCUCAAUCAACCACAUGGAACUGAUCGCUGGAAACGUCACUGUAAGCAGAACGGGUUGUCUGGUGAUAUAUUUAAGGUUCCAAAAGACAUCCGCAAACUGACUGCACCGGUUCCAGAUUUGAAACCUACCCCGCUAUCUUUUAACAAUAGAACUGGUCCCCACGAAGCAAACAAGGGAAUAAGAGAAAAGAAGAAGCAUUCGUUCGAUCCCCGUGUUCAGCAAAGCAAUGAUCAUAAGAAUGAUGUCUAUGGCGAAGGUGUUGACAAGUUCAGAUCUAAUUUAGGACGCAAGGCAAGAUUAGACAGUGCCAGGUUCCUCAAAGAAUUGUCUCAUAAAGUAAUGAGAACUCAAGCCAACGAAGUUGUAUUACCCGAUGUUGAAAGCGUUUUGCAGUUCUUGGAACUGGACGACUACGAAUUUCAAGACAACAUGGAUGAAUGGACCGAGGAUGUUCUCUACAAUAGAAACAAAGAGAGAUGGUUACUUCUUAAGAAAAUUGCAUACUUGCAGAGAAUGGCAACCAAGGCAGCUCAACAGAAUCAAGACGAAAACGCCAAGAGACUUGCUGCUGGAUUACCCGUGGUCAAUAAUUCUACUUUGUCAAAUGGGUCCCCGAAGGGUCCAUCAACUAGCACUUCAGUCGAAACGCAACGCAAUGAAGGUACUGGAGAUGCAGAAAAAAUUGUACCUAAUGUUGUUGAUAUUGCUCCUAUGUCACCGGGAGAACGCCGGGAUCCAAACGAUCUCGACCCAGGCGAGGCUGCACCAAAGCCUGAAUCAAUCGAUAGGGAAUUCCCGGAAAGAGAUGCAUCUGAAAGUUUGCACCCAGAAGCCAAUACCGAAAGUAUCCCCGUUGUAUCGUUGGAUGAGAAGGAGUUUAAGGAUCAAAUGCGUCAAGUUGAACUGGUGGGAGUGGAGAACCCCUCAAGGUUCAUCGAUCCCUAUGGAUUUGAAGAUCCAUUGGAUCCAGAUUUUUAUGAAGACAUCUGGUUUGAAAAUGCUAGAAAGAAUACCGAUCUCUUCCGUCUUGUGUUCCACUGUCAGCCUGACGAUUUUGUACCUAAUUGGAAAGAGUAUAAACGCUACAUGAAAUUGGCAGAUGCAUUCAAGCUUGCGCAGGCCGAAGAAGCGAAGAAUAGGAGAGAGAAAUACCGGUUUGACAGCGAGAGCAACUUUGACAGCGAUACUACGCCAACCGGUCCACCAGGUCCGAGAAGAAACAGCCAGAUCAUCAACUUGCCAGACUACCAUAGUAAGGGAGGUAUUCUUGGGGAUAUACCAUCAGGAAACAGCAGUCGGACUUCUCUCAGCAGUAAAAAGGGACGCAAAAAGAAGUUCAAACCACAAGAUACGAUCGCAGAGGGCGACCAGGAUGACACUGAAAGGUUUGAAGAGGAAGCGGAGAUCGAUGACGAUGAAGAUGACUUUGCUGAUGCUGAAGAUGGUGACGAGCUUAAUGGCGACGAGACUCCACUGACGUCCCAAAGUGAUAGCCCUAAUAUGGAGAACGGUGCUGAGAGCGAAAAGCCAACGACUCCCAAAGCAAAGAAUCUGAAGGCCAGAAGACGCGCAGGAGCGUUCAGCAGAAGGAGAAGAGUCAAUAAUGGAGACCUGAUUUUCGAUCGUGAAUCGGCACAACGUCUUCUUGAAGAAGUCAACGGCCAUCUAGUUCUCUUCCCCGUGGAUUGGCUUCUGCGCGAGCUUGAAGGAGGAAACUGGUUUUUCAACACGGACAGAAUUCCACCGAUUGAAAUUUAUGAUUAG